UGCAGAACACCCGCAGUCAGAGCAGCUCCGUCUCCUCUGUGCCGGUGGAUUAGUAAGAACAGAGUGUCAUGCGGUCUCUCCCAUUUCACACAGCUGGCAGGAGGUAAAAGAAUCUGGCUGGAGGCCCCGAGGGCAGAGCCGAGGCCACGCGGAGGGAAAUUCAUCACUGGACAGUCAGCCAAGGUUCUGAUGAAGUUGAUAAGCAGCUGCAAUGCCUCAAAAACACUAAACACCAAAAAUAUGGAGACAUUAAUCGAAUGUCAAUCAGAGGGCGAUAUCAAGGACCAUCCUCUGUUGGCAUCAAGUGAGAGCGAAGAUAGUAUCAGCCAGCUAACUGAAGUUAAGAAGAGAAAGAAGGUGCUGUCCUGGCCCUCCCUCAUGAAAAGGCUUUCUACUUUGUCAGAUUUUUCUGGGGCUUCAGAGACAGAACUGAAAACAUCACUAUUUGAUCAGCCCUUGUCAAUUAUCUGUGGUGAUGAUGGCACGCUCCCCAGACCCAUUCAGGAUAUGCUCACAAUUCUGUGCCUGAAAGGCCCUUCCACUGAAUGGAUAUUCAGGAAAGCAGCCAACGAGAAAGCUCGCAAAGAGCUCAAGGAGGAGCUCAACUCAGGAGGCAUGGUGGACCUAGAAAGUCUCCCUGUGCACCUCCUGGCGGUCGUCUUCAAGGACUUCCUCAGAAGUAUCCCACUGAAGCUACUUUCCUGUGACCUAUUUGACGACUGGAUGAGUGCCCUGGAGAAGCAAAGCGAGGAGGACAAAAUAGAGGCCCUGAAACAGGUUGCAGAUAAGCUCCCACGGCCCAACCACCUGCUGCUGAAGAACCUGGUCUCAGUGCUGUACCUGAUCAGCAAAAACUCCGAGGUCAACAAAAUGGACGCCAGCAAUCUAGCUAUCUGUGUGGCACCCAACAUGCUGACCCGAGAGAAUGACCAAGCCCUGUCAUUCGAAGCCCAGAAAGACUUGAACAAUAAGGUUAGUUCUGGUCUACUUCUGAAAAACUCCCAAUUUAUGAUCUCACCAAUUGUUUGCAAAUCAAAGCAAAGAAUUGCCUGUGAAUUUCUCUGACUGAUUCAAGAUCACAGGGAAGGUAUGAAAUGCAGAAUGCUGUCGUCAUAGUGCCACCCUCUUGGAUGUGUGCAUGCAAUGAAACUGAAUAAACCUAGGCCUGUGUCCUUUGUCAUCCUACAAGGCAGAGCAUAAG